AUGGGAAACCCGAACGAAGUGGCCGCGGACGAGGGCGGCCCGGAGAGCGGCCGGGAGGGUGGCGAGGAUCGACUGGCCCGGCUCCAGGACAUACUGGACCGCUUCGAGGUCACCAUUGCCGAAGCGAACGACUUGGUUGUCUUGGAGGACUAUGAGAUCGUCCUGAUUCUGGACGACUCGGGCAGCAUGAACAUGUCAGCUCUGCCCACCGGCCAGCGAUCUCUGAUGGAUGCCAAGAUCUCACGUUGGGAUGAACUCCGGGACACGGUGCGGCUGCUGGUAGACUUGGCCUGCUGCUUCGACCAGUCUGGCUUGGACGUCUUCUUCCUGAACCGCGGCCGUUUGGAUGGCGUCAAAAGCUCUACGGACCCACGGCUGGUGGCGGCCUUCCAAGAAAAAGCCUCGGGCACCACGCCGCUGACGGAGACGCUGAGCAAAGUAGCCCAGGAAGUUGCAGGAGAGCGGCCAGUGUUACUGAUGAUCUUCACCGACGGGGAGCCAAACGGCGGUGCCCGGAAGUUUGAGAACGAGCUCACACAGCUGGUCACCAAGAAGAGCACCAGGGGCACUUUCAAGGUUCAAAUCAUGGCCUGCACCGACGACGAGGAUGCUGUGGGCUACUUGAACGUGAUUGACAAGAACUUCGACGCGGUGGACGUGACGGACGACUACUACAGUGAGAAGAACGAGGUCCUGGUGAAGGCCAAGAGGCGUGAGGCUUUCACUCGUGGCGACUGGCUGCUGAAAGCCAUGCUUGGUCCCGUUUCCAGCAAGUUUGACCAAUGGGACGAAGGCAAGCAGAAGACCUCAGACGUCUCCAGCAGCCAGGUGUGCGCGAUCCUUUGA